AUGGCCAGGCCAUCUUCUUCACAGGCUGAAGAGCCUUUCCCGAUUUUCCACGAUGAGUACUUCGGACAACCAGCCGCAGACCUGGUCCCGCAUACCCCGAUCGCCGCGGCCCCGAAACCCGCGCGUCAGCCCCUCCAGAGCACAGAUAACAACGUCGUUCUCAACCCACCCGCAAUGACAUCGACUCCGGCGACGAAACGCUCACCCUACAAGUCCAGCAGGCGGCCUUCCAAUGCACCGCUCGCCGCCCUGAACACCUCGCAAGGUAGCAAACUCAACGCAGGGCCGAUGAUACCGCCGGGCAACGCACCACCGUCAACGGAUUCGCUCGAGAAGAAACAACCCAUCAUGUCGCGUUUUAAACCCGUAGCGAAAAAGCCUCAACACCCCGAGUUUGGCAUGCAGUUUAUGGGCAAGGAAAAUGCGCAUCCCCCGAUUUACCCCGCCCCGGGCCCGUCGCAGUUUAACCUCGAUUUGGAGAACUUUUACCACCAGAAACCGUCCGGAAAACGCGUUUUGAUGGAGGCCGCGCCCAUCAAGGAACUCCGCCCGGCGAAGAAGAUAAAAGUCGAGGACGACCUGCCUCCGCACGAUUCAUUUUCGCCCAUCGUUGACGACGGUACGAAACCGAACCACAGCUAUGCCACUCUGAUCGCCAUGGCCAUCGUCCGGUCGCCUCAGCGCAAAUUGACCCUGUCCCAAAUCUACAAAUGGAUAUCCGACACAUACUCCUACUACCGCGGAGACAACACCGGCUGGCAGAACAGCAUCCGCCACAACCUCAGCCUCAACAAGAGUUUUGUCAAGCAGGAGCGGCCCAAGGACGAUCCGGGAAAGGGGAGCUAUUGGUUGAUUGAGCCGGGCACCGAGCACACGGUGCUCAAGGAGAAGCCGUCGCGGAAGUCAACCAUAUGCACGGGCGAGAAUAUGCCGGUCAUGUCCACGCGGCUCGAGCCGUCCCUCCCGCAACAACACCAGCUCCCGCAGCCGCAACCACGCCCGCCUUGCAUGUCCGAGCCGAUGCUCCCUCCACAGCUUGUUGCAAUGCCGCCAAACCUUCUUCCCGCUUUGCCCCCUCACCAACCUCAGCAGCACCUUGCGCCCGCUCCCCCCUUGCCGGAAAUCUCGUCUGACGCAACCAUUCCCGCAUCUGAUGCGGCCACCAUCGACGAAGCCCUCAGCGGGGGGCCCUCCGAGAAGGACUUGGUGCACGAUGCGGACUUGUACUCGCCCCUUCCUGCGGCAAUGCACUCAUCGCCCCCGAUCCCCCGGCGCCUGGAGGCCCGCCACAACGACACGCCGCCCUCGCAGCAGCGUGUGCAGCAAUCGUCGGCCACCAAAUCCCGCCACAGGCGCGGGUUCGCGUCCCUAGAUGACAGCGGGUACAUUUCCUCGCUGGAAUCCUCGGUUAUGCGCCCACAGCAACACGCUAAGCUUCUCACAUCGGAGGCUGACCGGCCGAGAAUCAAGAGGGGAGGUCGCGCGGAGGAAGAAAUUGCUCGUCUUCGUGCCUCGUCUUACGACAGCCCAUCCAAGGGGCGCCCGUACAACUGCGUACCUGCUUCAUCAUCCCCCAUUCGGCGGCAAUCUAGCGGCGGAGGUGGUCAGAUGCUCCCGCCCUUGACGCCCGCCACAAAACUGAAAGCACCGCCGAAACCUCCACCGUCUGUCUCGCCCAGUACAAACCUGCGUCUGCACCGGGAGAAUAUCCAGUCCAUGGUGGAUUCUCCCAUCCGGCGUGUGUCCGCGCUGCUUCCCGAAGGCGACCUCGCGGCUCAGCAUACGCCCAAUGUCCACGGAGAACAUCUAUGGUACUAUCUAGAGCAGUCGGGCCAUAGUGUCCACAGCAACGGCUUUGACAUUUUUGAGGAUGCCCCUGAUUUUCAGUCCCUCCUCGCCUUGACUCCCAACAACGCUGCCCCGAUGGGUUCACCAGCUAAGCGCUCGGUAAGGAAGCAACGGUUAGAGCGGUCGCAGUCCACCGGCGCGUUGAAUCAGCUCGCGGGUGUGGCCCCCAGCGCCUCCAAGUCCUCGUCUUUCCUCAAGAUCCCCAGUCAGCCUUGUAACCUAGUGCUGGACACUCCAAGCAAGGUCUUCGACGGACUCCCGUCGUCACCGAGCAAGCUUUUCCUCGACCUACAAUCGCCCAGCAAAAUGCCUCUCAUCAGUAAUGAUAAUCUUGAUGUCUUCCACGGCGUCAACCUCAGCGGGCUUGACACACCGGACUUUCUCGUUGAAGAGAACGACUUCUCUGGGUUCGACAUGCUUGCCGACUUUGAGAAAAUUGGCGCGAGCAACACACAAUCGUCGCGGGGCGCUAACAGCACUACGUCAUCGGCCCCAGCACCAGCAGGAAAAGGCCCUGUCAACCGUGCUUACACCUCGACGUUCUAA